AUGUAUCGAUUCUUACUAACAAUCUCUUCUAUUUCGACAUGGAUUGGUUUCUCGCUUUCAAUUUGCCCAAAAGGCGGAAUUCCGGGCGAAAUUGAGGGAAGCUGUUUGUUCGUCGUGAAACUCAAUGGAACUUUCGAAAGCGCAAAGGAAUUUUGCUUAGAUUAUGACGGGAAUUUGGUCUCGAUAAAAUCGGAGAAGGAAAAUGAGAAAGUCUUGGGUCUGACCAAAGUGCUUCCAGAGUCAACAAAGUUUAUCUGGUUGGGCGGAACUUUCAAUGGAAAGAAAAUCACGUGGAUUGAUGGAUCUUCUGCAGAGUUCUCUGCUCUGACUGAAGGCUCUCCAUCUGGGAACCUCUUGAUGAAUCUAACGAGCGGCAAGUGGACGACGUCGAAUUGGAAUGGAAUGUUUCCAUUCGCUUGUCUCAGUCAACCACAACAGGACCCGAGCAAUCAGCCCCCAAGCUGUCCACCCUAUUCACCGUGCCCGACUGGUUGGGUGUACUCGGAGAAAUUAAAGCAAUGUUACAAGACAAUCUUCAACGUGAUCUUCACCGAGGCCGACGAGGGUUGUCGGAUGAUGAACUCGUUUCUCGCGUCGAUUCACUCAGACGAGGAAAACGAUUUCGUCAAUGAUCUAGGGAAAGCCGGAAUCAUACAGCCGACUUGGUCUCAAGUGCCGUUGAUUGGAGGAAAAAGGACGGGCCCUGAGAAAACCGAUUGGAAGUGGCUGGAUGGGACGUCGUUCAACUAUACGAAAUGGGCCGAUGGAGAGCCGAGUAACAACGGAAACAACGAAUUUUGUUUGCAGACGUAUUCGGAUUUGAUGGCUCCGUUCGACAAAUCGGCCGCCUAUCUCUACAAGUGGAACGACGAGCAAUGUGAAAUUCGAUAUCGAGUCGCCGUCUGCAAACAAGCGGCCAAGUUU